GAAGUUUCAAGUGUCCGCCAACGAGCUCCGGGAGGCAGCACUCGGUAUCCGGACAGUGGGAGAGGCCGGGAGCCGCAGUCACAGAGGGCUCUCACUGAAUGGAGUUCAGAAAUGCAGGCCCCCCAGAGCUCCUGGACCCCGGCUUUCAACAGCAGCUGGAGGACUCCCGGGAUCAGCUUAAGCGGGAGAUCCAGAGAGAGCUGAAGAUAAAGGAAGGGGCUGAAAACCUGCGCAAGGUAUCCACGGAUAAAAAGCACCAGGGCCAUGUUGAGAGUCAGCUGAGGGCAUCCAACCGGCGCCUUCAAGAGCUCCAUCGACAGCUGCAGGAACUCAAUGGGAGGAUUGUGAUCAUGGAGAAAGACCAGAAACAAGAUGGUGCCAUGUCUCCUGAUCCUUGCCUAUGGGAACAAAGUUUUGACCCCUGGCAGCGAAGGGUGGAAGCCUUAAAGAGGCAGUUGCACAUAGAAAGCAAGGUGAAACAGGGUGCAGAGAAUAUUAUCCAGAUGUUUUCUAACGGGACCUCCAAGGAUCGGAAGCUCCUCACCACUGCUCAGCAGAUGCUACAGGACAGCCGGAUAAAGACCGAGUUGCUGCGUAUGCAGAUCGUUAAGCUCACCCAGGCUCCCGGUACAACCUGCGAAUCCCAAGAGGCCCCAGAGACCCUGUCCCCUCCGGAGCUGCGUAUAGAGGAGCUCAGGCAUCACUUGCGGGUGGAGACUGCCGUGUCUGAAGGAGCCAAAAAUGUGGUUAAACUGCUUGGAGGCCGGCGAUUGCAAGACCGCAAGGCUCUGGCUGAGGCACAGUCCCGACUACACGAGUCCUGCCAUAAGAUUGACCUUCUGCGCCUGUCCCUUGAGCGGUGCCUUGCAGAACUUCCCUCUGAUCACCCAAAGCAACAACUUAUUAAAGAGGAACUGAAAAAUUGCCCAACCACAGCGAGGAGUAAAGAUCCAGGCCCCAGCCACCCCUUAACUUCACUCAUUAAGUCCACAGCACUCACAGGGACUCUGGAAAUCCACCUCUUGGGCUGCCAGGACCUUCUGGAGACUGUCCCUGGCCGUUCUCGAACAACUUCAGUUCAAGGGAGUCCCGGCGAAUCCAAGAACUUUAUUCGCUACCGGCCUGGAGGAAGCACCCACGGAUGGGGGGGAUCAGGCCGACACUUGCGGUCUGAUGAACACUGCGGCGAUGUCAUGUGUGUUUUGAAAGUCGAUAAUAAGCAGGUGGCCCACACCAGUUGGGGACCUGUCCAUAACCAGUGCUGGGACCAACGAUUCACCAUAGAGUUGGAGAGGUCACGGGAGCUAGAAAUCUCUGUCCACUGGAGGGACUGGAGAGAGCUGUGUGCCGUAUGCUUCCUGCACCUGGAGGACUUCCUGGAUAAUGAGCGCCAUGGAAUGUGUCUGCAGCUGGAACCCCAGGGGAAGCUUUUUGCAGAGGUCAUGUUCUGUAACCCAGUUAUUGAGAGAAGGGGCAAAGUCCAGAGGCAGAAGCGGAUAUUUCCCAAGCAGAAAGGAAAGGACUUCCUGCGGGCCACACAAAUGAACAUUAACUUUGCCACAUGGGGGCGACUGAUGAUGAGUAUUUUACCUCCUUGCGGUGCCAUGAGCACACUGAGCCCUCCUCUUACCGUUCACACUUCCGCAAAUCCUCAGCCAUAUUUUGCAGGUGCCAGUGAUUUCCCCGUCAAAAAAUUAUUAUUUAGUGAAGAACCAUCACCGAAGCCUCCCCCAAAACCUCCACGACUCUAUCUGAAUUCCGAGGGUGCGACUCCUCCCUCCCCUGCGGAAUCUCCUGGCAGAGCAGUAGGAAAGAGCAUGAAGAGGAUCCACGGGGAAGAUGGGGGGACACAGAGUAAUGCUGAGCCCACUAAAGUGCAUAGAAGAACAACGCUGCAGGUGGAUGAUUUUACCUUUAUAUCUGUCCUUGGUCGAGGGCAUUUUGGCAAGGUGCUUCUGGGCCAAUUUAAGGAAACAGGGAAAAAUUUUGCGAUUAAAGCCCUGAAGAAGCGCGACAUUGUGAGCAGAGAUGAGUUGGAAAGCUUGCAGUGUGAGAAGAGAAUUUUUGAAGCUGUUAAUUCCUCCGGACACCCCUUCCUGGUGAACCUGUUUGGUUGCUUCCAGACUCAGGGGCACGCGUGCUUUGUUAUGGAAUAUAUGCCUGGUGGGGACCUCAUGAUGCACAUACACAGCAACGUCUUUUCAGAGCCGACAGCAAGGUUCUACUCUGCCUGUGUGGUGCUUGGCCUCCAGUUUCUUCACGAGAAGAAGAUUAUAUACAGAGACCUGAAGCUAGAUAACCUCCUGAUGGACGCAAGCGGCUUUGUGAAGAUUGCCGACUUUGGCUUGUGCAAAGAAGGCAUGGGUUUUGGCGAUCGUACAAGCACAUUUUGUGGAACCCCUGAAUUUCUGGCUCCGGAGGUCCUGACUGACACGUCUUAUACAUAUGCCGUAGACUGGUGGGGGCUUGGUGUUCUCAUCUUCGAGAUGCUUGUAGGAGAGUGUCCCUUUCCUGGCGAUGAUGAAGAAGAGGUGUUUGACAGUAUUGUCAAUGAAGAGGUGCGAUAUCCUCGCUUUUUAUCCAAUGAUGCCAUCAACAUUAUCCGCAAGCUUCUGCGAAAGUCCCCGGAACGGCGGUUAGGGGCCGGUGUUGGCGAUGCCGAGGAGAUAAAGCCACAGCUCUUCUUUCAGGAGAUCGACUGGGAUGCACUUUAUGCCCAACAAGUGAAACCACCUGUUGUUCCCAUAUUAAGCGACCCCUUUGACAUCAGGAACUUUGAUGAGGAAUUCACGGGACAGAAAGCCAUACUCUCCCCGUCCGAUGACCCUCGCCCUCUGUCUUCUGCCGAUCAGCUUCUCUUUAAGGACUUUGAUUUCGUCUCGGAACUUCUCCUUGCUCCCUAGCAAGGUCAAUCUUCUCAUUGGCCGUUGGCUGGCCAGUGUCCUGUUGCAUGGUUGGUUGCCUUUUGUCUUGUGAUUUCAAAGGAGAACAAACACAAACCUAUAAUAUUCACUUCAUUAAAUGAUAUGGGAUCACUUAAAAGAUUAAUGGAGGGAUUCCACCCUAGGUUUCCCCUUUGCACACUACCUGUAGACACUGAUAGGUGAUGCUGGUGUUGUAAGAGGUAAUCUCAUUGGUCAUUCUCUUUAUUAUUUCCUUUAUAUUCUAAAAUAACUAAAAGACUUAAAUCUUUCUUUAAACUAUAUCUCUGCACUUUCAUGCCCUGAAGGUCACCUCCUCCAGGCCUAAAAUUUAGAAAGACAUGAUGUCAUUUAGGAGUGUAUGAUGUCACUCAGAGUAGGCUGGAUUGUGCUGAAGAACUCUGCAAAUUAUAACAGGAGGAAAAGUAGUGUAAAGGGUUUAUAUUAUUUAAUAAACUGAAUUUAUAGCCAUUUUAAAACCUAAUGUGACUACAUAGUCUGCCUGUCAGGAUGCUGUAUGCAUUUAUGUUCACAGGAGGAAUCAACAUUAUCUGUAACCUUUCCUUCCCUACCAGCUACCAUAGGUUUCCCUUUAGAUUUCCCUUUAGAUUUCCCUUAAUGGAGUAGUUUGCCUUCAGGAUUACUUUUAGUAUGUUAUAGAAUGGCCAGUUCUUUGCAACUUUCAAUUGGUCUUCAUUUUCUAUUUUGUUAUAGUCUUCCCAGCUUGACCCCUGGCAGCCAAAAAGCUACGGCUCUGAGAGGCUACAAUUUUAUUGUUACUUUUUCUAUUUAGACCCUCCUCUAUUUAUAUUACUAUCUCUCAAACUACUGCCUGGUUGCUAGGUUAAAUUGGACCCUAGCAACCAGAUAGCUGCUGAAAUUCCAAUCUUGAGAGCUGCUGAACAAAAUGCUAAAUAAAUCAAAAACUACAAAUAAAAAAUGAAGACCAAUUGCACUCUGUACAUCAUGCUAAAAGGUAAUUUAAAGGUGAACUACCCCUUUAAAUAAUGUUUCUGUUAUAGUCGAUCCCCGUACUGUAGUUUGGCUGUGCCUGAAUAUGAAGGAAAGCAGUAACUGUAGCACUGGACAGGGCAUGGGAGUAGCCUAUCUAGCAUAUUAUUGGCCAUGGAUGAAUAUAUGAAGAAGCAGACUCCAUUUCUAGCCAGAUGUAAUAUAUUUAUAUAUGUUUGUGUGUUGGAAGAUGAUGGACUCAGUUUCUGGUUUUUACAGUUUUCUAUGGCAGUUUAUUUAUCAAUGUUUGUAUGAGAAAUAGAGAUGCAAAUAUAAAAAACUUGUCCAGUU